ACAUCAUCCUGGCCCGCUUUGCUGAUAAACAUUGAGACCCCAGAACCACGUUUGUCUAGCACGCGACUGUUUUCUGCAAAGUACAUACAUUAGUCCAAAACAGGAAAAACAGUAUUGAAUUCCCACGGAUUUACAGAGUCAUUCGAAGAGUGGAUGUCUCAAAUUUUCAACUGGCCCACCAACACCGCACCGGGUGACAAAGUUGCAUCAUUGGCAAAAUACUGCAGCGAGCAGUUCACUGUGCUUGGCUUCGAUUUUUUCCUCCUGUGUUUGUAGCACUUUGAGCUCGAACCAAAACCAGCUCAACGCGGCGCGGGUCCCGUUCGAGGAAUUGAAGCCCUGCAUUGGAGUUUGAAUUGAGACGCGCACUCGAAAGGGCGGACAAACGAACGGAUCGUGAUCUGGUUUAGAACUGUGCCAGAAAAAUCCAAGGUCUUGUUGAUCUUUGCGGGAAACUGUUGGAUGUGUGAGAAGUUUUGUCGACCUAGAUUAGAAUCUAGAUCCAAGUGUUUGGGGUUUUGGGGAAUUGCAAGAAAAUUGUGAAUGGACUGGACACUGUUGGGAUUGAAUGAACUGCUUAAAAGCAAUUAUCUUGGUUGAGGAUCGAUCAGUUUAGUGUUGACCAAGUGAGAAGUUGAGGAAAUAAUGAAGACUCUUUUGGUGGUGAUUGUCGUUUGCUUGGUGAUUUGUGAAGGAUACAUUCCUGAGUAUCGAAGAUCUAAGAGUAAGCGAGGAAGAUACGUGGAAGAAGACUCAUAUGAAGAUGACUAUGGUGAAAUAAGUAUGGAGGAAACGGAUGAAGACAUUGCGCCUCGAAUUGAGCGCAAGAUGAGAGCCAGUGUGAACGAGCCAUCCUAUGGUUACUCGAAGUCUUACAAGCGAAGGGAAGAUCGUGAUUAUGGAGUGAAGAUGCGGAAGCCCAGCUACUCGGAUAAGAAAAGCCGAUCCAAAUACCAAGUGUAUGAGAAAAGUCCUCACAGAACAUUGAAAAAGGAUAUCGUUUCAAGGCUGCCAAACUCUGCGGCGGCAGUACGAGGUCGUAAGAAGGAUCAUAGGUCAGCUCCCGUAUACGAAUCAAUGCAUCCUUACCCAUCACCCCCGGCACCAUACUCAUCGCCGCCAUCAGCGGUCCCAUAUCAUAAGCCAGCCCCCGUCAAACCUCAAUGUGGCCAACAAUUGCUGAUUUCGUGUACGCCUACAGUAACCAGAGUUCCAUGUUCGGCACAUCCUGGCGGGCAUCAUCCAACUCCAGCUCCUCACGUCCCUGAGCCAGCAUACCAUGAACAACCAGCCUAUAAUGCACCUCCACCACCAUACACGGCUCCCGUCUACACGCCACCGAAGUAUACACCACCAAGCUAUAGUCCACCAGCCCAUCAUAGCCAACCAGUGUACACUCCACCAGUCCACACUCCUCCAGCCGCACAAUACCUUCCACAACCGAAGCCUCUGUACCACCACCACACAGUUCAACCACAACCGGAGCAGCCAGUUCAUCAACCCCUGUACCACAAACCAGGUCAGCACCCAUACUACCAUCAACCGAAGCCGGCACCACAGUUAGCAGCCCCUCCGGCUUACCACCAGCCCUACCAGCCAACGUACAAGUCAAUGGAGCCCGCCCCGUCCUUCGCCGCUCCCGUAAGCGAAGACAACCAAGAGCCUGCCCAUCAUCCGAUCAUCUCGGCAUUUCCAGCGACCACAACCUCCACGACGACCACUCAGCAUGUCCCCACGGUACCGGCCGUCCCAGACAAGAGCCCACAGAGCGCCGACAGCCACACUCCUCGUCCAGCGGCUGGUAAUGAGGAGACCUCAAACCCAAGGGAAACUUCCGGCGACGAACCCGUGGGUAGCGGAAGGGUAAUCACCGAGCCAACUACUACCACCAGUGCGCCGACUCUGACAACGACGGCAGCGGCGGUGCCGACUCCGCAACCAAAACCAAGCGCCGCCACCACGGAGAGCGAAGACUAUGCGCAGCGCUAGCCCCCUUUUCCCCAUUACCUCCUUCAUCACCCAUCCAUGUUCCAUCCCGUCCACAAGUGGACAACACCUGCGGUUUAAUUUAUUGUCAUUUGUGAAGGAAAUAAAUAAAGCGAGUUU